CAUCAUUCAUCCAAACGGCACCUUAGCACCGGCAGAACUCGGCGCUCCGGCACACACUUUUUCCUUCCGUUUCAUGGCCUCUUCCUCCGCCUCCGCUCGCUCUCCCACCGCUUAGCCUUCCUAGGGUUUAGGGUUCCGGGAUCCACGACGCCGCCAGAGCCGUUGCCCCGCAAUGCCUGGCUCGCCGGAGCAAGUUGUGAGGGAGGUCGGGAAGCGCCUCGCGCAGCCGCGCCUCGGCAAGGACGCCCUCGUCAAGCUCCUAAAGCAAGCUGAAAGUGCAUUAUCAGAGUUUAGUCAGUCCUCCUCUCUGCAGGAUGCCCUUCAUGCUUUGAGUAAAUCUCUGGUCCAGACCACUUUACUCAAUCAUAAGGACAAGGAUGUCAAACUUCUUGUUGCGGUUUGCUUUAUUGAGAUUAUGCGGGUCCUUGCACCUGAUCCACCUUUUAGUGAUGAAAUAUUUAAGGAAAUAUUUAGGCUAUUUAUCAGCAUAUUUGCAGACCUUGCUGAAACUAGCAGUCCAUAUCUUACUAGAAGGAUGAAGAUAUUGGAAAAUGUUGCUGCGCUUAGAUGUUCUAUAAUUAUGCUCGACAUUGGCUGUGAGGACUUGGUUCUUGAUAUGGUCAAAAUUUUCUUCUCAUCAGUGAAGCAAGGCCUUCAGCAGAGUUUGUGCCAAGCUAUGCUAUCAAUAAUGACGCAAAUAUUGAAUGAAAAAGUUACUCAACCUCUUGUGGAUGUGAUUUUACGCAAUUUAGUAAAAGACGACAAGGGAGCAUCCCACAAGCUGGCUAUUGACAUCAUUCGAAAUUGUUCCGAGAAAUUGGAGCCUAUCAUUCGCAUUUUUUUGUCCUCAUGCAUUUUCAACAAGGAUAUGCCGGUUAAUGAAGUUGGGAAACUACAUCAUAAAGUUAUUUUGGAAUUAUUCCAGUGUGCUCCCCAUAUGCUUUUUGCUGUCAUUCCAAACUUAACACAUGAACUUCUCAGCGACCAGGUUGAUAGACGGCUGGAGGUGGUUCACCUGAUUGGGAGGCUUCUUGCCUUCUCUAAACUUCGUUUUGGUCAAGAAAACAAGUUGGUUUUUAUAGAAUUCCUGAGGAGAUUCUCUGACAAAUCUGCAGAAGUUAGAAUUGCUGCAAUCGAUGCAGCAAAAGCCUGCUACAUGGAUGUAUUAUCUGGAAAUGAAGCACAAGAUAUACUUACAUCACUUAAAGGAAGGUUGUUGGAUUUUGAUGACAAAGUGAGGAUCCGAGCUGUUCACACAGUCUGUGAUUUAGCCAAAUCAAAUCUUAGCUCGUUUCCUCCUGAAGUGAUAUUAGAAGCAGCUAACAGGCUACGUGACAAAAAGGUAUCCGUUAGAAAGAAUGUAAUGCAUAAGUUGCUGGAGCUGUAUAGGGAUUACUGUGAGAAAUGCUCAAGAAGAACUGCCACAGUCAAUGCUCAUUAUGAACAAAUCCCGGCUAAACUUAUAGUUCUUUGUUUUGAUAAAGAUAGUGAAUCCUUCAGGCCACAGAAUAUGGAACUUAUAUUUGCUGAAGAACUCUUUCCAUCGUCACUUUCUCCAAAAGAAAGAGCAAACCACUGGAUUGAGUUCUUUUCUUAUUUCAAACCAGAACAUAUUAAGGCUUUGAACAUCAUCUUUUCUCAGAAGAGAAGGUUGCAACUGGAGAUGCAAGCAUAUUUAUCUCUCCGAGCAAAGAAGGAGGAACCUUCAGAUGAAAUACAGAAGAAAAUUUGUGCAUCAUUCAGAAAGAUGUCAGCUUCCUUUGCAGAUACCUCUAAAGCUGAAGAGUGCUUUGAAAAUUUGCACCAGAUGAAAGAUAAUAACAUAUUUAAAGAUUUGGGUGAAUUAAUCAAUGAGGGAGCUACUUUUGCAACAGGCCGCUUGACCAGAGAUUCCUUUCUCAAAAGAAUCGGAAACAAACACCCAAUCUACAAUUUUUGCAAAGUUCUGUCUAUAAAAUGUUUGCAUUCAAUAUUUAAUUGGGAGAUGAUCUGUGUCACUUUUGAGUCUCUUUUCACCUGCAGAAAUGAAUUAACCAAUUACGUGGAGUCUGCUUGUGAUCUUUUACUGGUAGUUGCAAUGGUAUUUCCAUCAUUAUUCCAGGGAUCAAAGGAAUACUUGUUGAAGCUAUUCUCAGAAGAAUCAGUCCUGAUAAAUGAGAAGACUCUCCAAAUGUUGGCACAUUUGGCAAAAUCGACACACUAUUUAUCUACUAAUUUCAGUAAUGCUGUCUACCCAUUAUUGGAGCAAAAGUGCAUCGAAGGUACUCGUGCCGAAUCAAAAUAUGCUAUCACCGCAAUUGCUUCACUGCACUUCGCAGAUGACAAGAGAUUUGCCAGACUAUGCAAGAAAGUUGUUAGCGGUCUAAAUGAUAACAACAAUGUUCCAACACUAUUACAGUCUUUGGGCUCAAUAUUGGAGCAUUCCCCUUCUGUGUACGAGUUAUAUGACAGGCAAAUUAUCAAUUCCAUUGAAGAUAUUUUGUCAUCAACCAAGUUCAUUUCAACAUCCGGACAGUCAUCCCUUGAUGACAAUUGUGCAUGCAGCUUCUCUUGCCAACUGAAGAUUUAUUGUCUCAAAGCACUUGUCAAAAGUUGCUUACCAAGAAGUACCGCUCGUGCUCGAAUUAACAAAGUUCUGGGGAUGCUGUUGGAAUUUGAAAAGGGUCUCUUCCAAGACAUUGCUCUAUGUGAAAAUGAUAGACUGUAUCUGAAACUGGCUGCUGGAAAAUCUGUACUACGAUUAGCUACAAGAUGGGAUUCACAUAUUUCACCAGAAUUAUUUCGUAAUACACUUCUCAUGGCAAGGGAUCCUUCAUAUGUUGUUCGCAAGUCAUUUAUUUGCAAACUUUAUGGCCUCUUGAAGAAACGUGCAAUCCCUGUUAGAUAUGCAUGUGCUUUUGCUCUGGCAUCAACAGAUUGCUCUGGAGAUGUCCGUACCGAAUCGACAAAUUACUUAAGCGAAGUGCUAAAAGAGCAAAGAAGAUUUUUUAUUCAUCAGAAAGCAAGCAAAGAUUCAAUUGUAGACAACCCAGCAUAUGCUGUGGUUUUCUUGAUCCAUACUCUAGCAUAUGAUGGGAAGUUCCCUUCCAAGCACAGUGAAAAUGAUGCUAGCUUUCCUGAGUUUUGCAGCCCACUUUGUGUGAUGUUGAGAGAACUAGUUGAAAUAGAUGAUUUUAACAGAACUGAGCAUGGUGCCACAACCAGUCCUGUAUCAGUUCUUUCAGGGAUCUUCCGUGCUAUUCAGAAGGCUGAGGAUCUGGUUGAUUGUGAGAUCACUCCUAAACUGCACAUUCUCUCAAAAAUCGGCUUGCUUAUUGUAAAAGAACUUGAUAAGUAUUGCAAGAUGUCUGAUUCUCCGCGACAUAUUCUCUUGCCCUCAUCUUAUUAUAGAUUGUCUGGGAGUGAAACAAAAGCGGAUGCAUGCUGCCAAGGAAUUUUCAUAAACGAUAGUCUUGUAAAAAGAAUUCUGAAAGCUCAUGAACCUUAUACUCAUCAGGACAAUACUAAUUGUUCUGUUAUUUCUGAGAGGGUAUCUAAUGAAUCCGCACCUAAAAGGGAAGUUUAUUCCUCAUUAAGCAAAUUAGUGGGACAUAAUGCAAGUGGUUGUGAUAAAGGGAAAGGGAACCAAAAUUCGGUAUCUGGGGAAGCCCGGUCGAAGAAAAAGGAUCAAAAUACUAAUAAUAGCUUUGAGAAGGAAAAGGUGUCAUCUUGUGGUUCCGCUGGCACAAAGUUAUCAUCUCCAGGCUCCUUGGGUUUAGCUAAGGAAGCUGAUUCUAGAGAUUGUGUCUCUCUCUUGGAUAAUCAGAAUCGUCCAUUGAGUAGAUGCUCCACUGGGGAGACUAGAGCUUCAAAGGCAGAUCAUAACUUCUGUAGGCAAACUGUGGACAUUCCCAACUUUCAUCCUAGAGAGUGUUCCUUCAAGAAAGACCGUGGCAAGGGUUUGUCUGAAUCCCGUAAGCAUGAACUAUUGCUUCCUGGCUCUUCGAUUGCAUGCAGUGAUCUUGGAGAUGUUGGCGAUUGUGAUGACAAUUUUGUGAAACCGACUUUAUCAAACAACAAAACAGCCGGCCUUAAGAAAAGGGGCAAGAGAGCAUUAGAGUUGACGAAUGCACAGAACAGCUCUGGUGUAACUGGUGUUGGCAUAAGAGAUGAUGUUCGACGUACUAGAGCAAGGAAGGUGCGAGUGUAAACAGCUGUUGCAUCUAAUCAAAGUAUUUAUCUGAUUUCUGCCCGAUGUAGAUACUUAGUUCUAGAGUAGCUCUUGUACAUCCGCUAACGAGUAUUGUUGUGAUGACUGAAUCUUGGUCUCGAUCCAUGGAACAUUGCAAUUAAAGAAUAGGGACUGGCAGAUGAGGGUCGUAUAUGAUAUCUUAAUGCUAGCUUUGAUUAGCAGUUUCUAUCGGAUUUGUCUGAUAGUUUUGCUAGCAUGGUAGAAUAUUCCUUCCAUCUUUUUUUCA